GUUGCAGGCGCCCGCGAGCCGGAUGCGGUGCGUGGACGAAAGAUGCAUCAUGGAAUGAAUCCGAGCCCGGGGGACGGAUUUCUGCAGCAGCAGCAACCCCCGCCGCCGCAGCCGCCGCAGCCGCCGCCCCCCCGCAGGCUGCUGGCCGCCGUCCUGGGGAUCCAGCUGGCGCUGUGCUUCGGCCCCGCACAGCUCACAGGCGCGUGGUUCCAGCCCCCACGCCUCCAAAAUCCUCCUGGGAGGUGUUGCCUCGAGAGAACACGUGAGCACCAACCCACGGACACCGUGGAGUCAUCUGUUCUCAAUGCCCUUGAGCUCUUUGUGGCCCUUGACGGCUCCUUCUAGAGAGUCUCCUCCCAUGGCUGCCGGGCAUCACCCACCGGCUGUUCCUCCUCCUGGGCAUCCGUCUGUCCGUCCGUGCCAGCCGAUGCAGCCUGGACUCGACUUUCAUCCAGACCUGGGGUCCUCCUUCCACUCGGAGUUCU